AAAAAAUUGACGUAAUGUUGCAAGCAUUCGUGGUCGGUAAACACAACUAUUUCUUUAGUGAUACUGAUAAGAGUGAUAAGAAUGUCACCGUCGUGCUCCCAGUGCAAGUGACGUCGAAAAAGUUCGAUUUAUUUACGUGCACUUAAAAACAAUUUUAGAGGUUAUGAACACCGGACGUUGACGUGUCAUCAAUUUUGAAAAAUAAAUACCAAAAUAUCGACAUGUUGAAGGCAGUUAUAUUAAUAGGAGGACCACAAAAAGGUACCCGUUUCCGACCACUCUCUUUGGAUAUACCCAAACCCUUGUUCCCCGUAGCCGGGGUACCACUCAUUCAGCACCACAUCGAGGCUUGCGUAGCCAUUGAAGAGCUCAAAGAGAUUCUAUUAAUCGGUUUUUACCCGGCUGCACUAAUCCAACAAUUCAUUGUGGAUUUGCAGCACCGCUACAACGUCACAAUAAAGUAUCUGCAAGAGUUCACCGCUUUGGGGACCGCCGGCGGCUUGUACCAUUUCCGUGACCAAAUUCGCUACGGCAACCCGGAUGCUUUUUUCGUCAUGAACGGCGACGUUUGCGCCGAUUUUCCUCUCGAAGACUUGUACAAAUUCCACAAAAGUCUGACAAACCCAUUGGUUACCAUCAUGGGGACUGAAGCCACCAGACAACAGUCGCUGCAUUACGGGUGCAUGGUCACCAACAAAACCACCCAAGAAGUGACCCACUACGUCGAAAAACCCAGCUCCUACGUGUCAACUCUAAUCAACUGCGGAAUUUACGUGUUUUCUUUAGACAUUUUCAACACAAUUGGAGACGUUUUCACCGCAAAACAACAAGACUGUUACAGGAACGGAAAUUCAAACCGGGAAGCGGGGUACAUCCAAUUGGAGCAGGAAAUUCUAGCACCGAUGGCCGGUACGGGAAAAUUAUUCGCGUUACAGGUUACCAAGUGGUGGUCACAGUUGAAAACCGCCGGAUCGGCGAUUUACGCCAACCGGCACUAUUUGGAGCUUUAUCGCACAAAGCACCCUGAACGCUUGAGACAACCGAAUACUUCAGGCGAGGACUGCACAAUUUACCCGGAUGUGCAUAUAGACCCGACAGCACAAAUCCAUCAUUCCGCGGUGAUCGGUCCCAAUGUUAGUAUCGGGUCGGGUGUGGUGAUCGGGCCGGGGGUUCGAAUACGGGAGAGCAUAAUUUUGUCGGAUGCUGUUAUCAACGACCGCAGCUUAAUCUUGCACAGUAUAAUUGGGAGGAGUUCGAGGAUUGGGACGUGGGCUCGAGUGGAAGGGACGCCGUCGGAUCCUGAUCCGAAUAAACCGUUCGCAAAAAUGGAAAAUCCAACGUUGUUUAAUAAUGAUGGCAGGCUUAACCCGUCGAUUACGAUUUUAGGUUGUUCUGUAAGUGUUCCCUCGGAGACCAUACUGCUGAAUUCCAUAGUUUUACCAAACAAAGAGCUUUCAAGAAGUAUAAAGAAUGAAAUUAUUUUGUAAAUUACUCUUAAAAUAAAAAAAUUGCCACACUA